AUGGAGGGCUGUUGCGUUACCAUAAAAACGUCACGCGUUCCACUUGCUGGAUCCUAUAAUAAACUGCAUAUCUGUCUGAUUGGCGCCCAAGGGACGGCUGCAUCGGCUGUAUUUGAGCAUCCGCAGGACUACCUUUUACCUGACUCGGUUCUGACGUUGGUGGUGGGAGAAAAAGUGGACUUCGGCGAGGUCGUCCUGGUCCGCUUACGCUUGGAGGUUCGGCCUGGAUUCCCGGACCUUGACUGGCACUGCCACUCUGUUGAGAUAAAUAAUGGCGGUCAGGUGCAGGUCUUCCCCUGUCACAAAUGGCUGCAGACUGGCGAUGGGGAUGUUGAACUGCGCAGUGCCGAAGUUGACCUGGUGAGCAGAGAAACCCAACUGAUCCUGAAGGAGCACAGGGCACGGGAUCUGAAGUCAAGACAGCAGCACAUCAGGUGGCGCACCUUUGCUGAAGGAGUACCCCGCUGUGUGGACAUGGACAGCGCAAAGGCCCUAGGACCAAACCUGAGUUACACACGGCAGAGUCCUGGCGUCAAUAUACACUAUCUAAAGGGAUUCACGGAUAGGAAGGAACCGUGGAGAAGCUUUGAAGAGAUGGAGCACUUUUUAAUGCACAACGCUAGAGACAAUCCAGUUGCUAUGUACGUGUGGUCCCAUUGGAGAGAGGAUGCCUUCUUUGGCUACCAGUGCCUUAAUGGCUGUAACCCCUUGGUGGUCAGGCAGAUCCGCUCCAUCCCCCAGAACCUGGCAGUCACACCAGAGCUGGUGCAGCCCUUCCUCCCCCAGGGCUCCUCUCUGGAGCUGGAGCUGCAGAGGGGGGCGAUGUUCCUGAUGGACUAUGACGUUCUGGAGGGGGUACCCCCAAACGUCAUCAAUGGCAAACAGCAGUACUUCGCUACCCCCCUGUGUCUGCUCCACGCCUCCCCAGAUGGACAUCUCAAGCCUGUCGCAAUCCAGCUGAAUCAGAAGCCAGGCCCAGACAACCCAGUGUUCCUUCCCUCUGACUCGCCGCCUGAUUGGCUGUUGGCCAAGAUGUGGACUCGCAGUGCAGACUUCCAGUGCCAUCAGCUCAUUUCCCAUUUCCUCUGCACUCACCUAUUGGGAGAGGUGUGCUGCGUCGCUACACUCAGGCAGCUACCAGAAGUGCAUCCUAUUCACAGGCUUCUGAUGCCCCACGUGAGGACGUCUCUACAAAUCAACAUCGCUGCCCGAAGUAGCUUACUGGCUGGCAAUGGGGUGUUUGACAGGGCCAUAGGAAGUGGCCUGAAGGCCCUUCCUGUUCUGCUGGCCCGUGGCACAGCCAGGCUGCGUUACUCCACCCUGUGUGUCCCUGAGGACCUGAGAACAAGGGGUAUAGACACUCUCCCCUACUGCUAUUACGCCCAAGACGCUCUGAAGGUGUGGAACGCUCUUCACAGGUUCGCCACAAAGUGGGUGGAUGUGCAUUACCAUAGCAACAGCGAGGUGCACGAGGACAGCGAGCUGCAGAGCUGGAUCUGGGAAAUUUUCUCAGAGGGGUUCCUGGGAAACGCAGAAUCUGGCAUUCCACAGACGCUGGAGACCAAAGGGGAGCUGAGCACGUUCAUCACCAUGGUGAUCUUCUGCUCCUCAGCCCUGCAUGCUGCUGUCAACUUCUCCAUGUUGGACUUCAACUUGUGGAUGCCCAACAACCCGGCCAGCAUGUCGCGUCCCCCUCCCCAGACCAAGGGCUCCGUGUCGGAGGAGGACCUGCUCUCCUUCCUGCCUGACGUCAACGCCACCAGCAGUGUCCUCACCGCCCUCUCCAUGCUCUCCAAGCCAGCCGCAAACAUGGUGCCCUUGUGUCAGUACCGUGAGCAUUACUUCAGCGAUGCUGCCCACUGCAGGCUGGUGGAGGAAGUGCAGAGGGAUCUGAGCACCAUAGCUGCAGAGAUCCAGGAGAGGAACAGCAAGCUGGAGCUCCCCUACCCGUACCUCUCCCCUGAUCUGGUAGAGAACAGUGUAGCCAUCUGAAGCCAAGAUGGCUUUACAGCGGGGGUGGGGAACUGUUUUCAUCCAAAGGUCACUUACAAUGUUAUAAAGUCCUCCAAGAGCCAUACUAUGAACACAAAGCAGGAUUGUUUUGGCCUGUAUUUUAGGCCUACUGUUUAUCGAAGGUGACCACCUUUACAACAGACCCCACCUUCAGUAGGUCCCCUGAAAAUAUAACUUAGUUAUAACGCAAAUGUAAUUUCUAAAAUUAUUUUACAAAACAUGUCAUAUUUCAUGUAAAAUGCAUAACAGCCCUCGAGACAUAGGCUCCCCACCCCUGCUUCACAGGGAGGUACUAACUCAGUGUUUCCAAAAGACUGGGCCAAGACCCUCCAGUGCGGUAUGCAAGAUUGUUUUUGGGUGGUCUUGCAUGUCUCUCUCGAUCUAAUUUCAAAAUAUUGUUUACAACUUGAGUAAAAGGCUACUAACUAUAGAGAUUAUCACCCAUUCUGAAUUCAUUCAAUGAUAUAAUAUCCUCCUUAUUGUUCAAUAAUGGUGAACUGAUACAGCUUAACUUUGUGAUUCAAGAGUAAUGUCUAUUGACUUGGGUCAUGAAGUUCAGUGUGAUUUUAAAAUACGGGUCCACAGGGGGAACACGUUUUUAAAGCUCUUUUCUUACUCUGUAGGAUGAAAGAUGCCAUCCUAGUGCCUUCGCUCAAUUUGAUCUCGAAACAUUUCUACAGCUUUACACUUUUCAUUCAUUCAUUUUAUUGUGUUGCUUAUAAAAAGAUUGUCCUGAUGCCUGAAAUGGUACACAUAUAUUAUACGUCUUGUUACAGAAAGCAGACAUUCUGCUUCUUAUAUUUAAUGUCUGCCUGUGC